AACCUGGUCUGUGAAUAUGCAUGGUUAAGUGCAACUGCUGAUUCAAUGUUCAUGGUUGGAGUUCUUCUUGGCUCUAUAAUAUUUGGUGACUUGUCACACAGAUUUGGGCGGAAACCAAUUUUCUUCCUCUCCCUUGUCCUCCAGAUAAUUGGUGGAAUAGGAGCUGCAGUUCUGCCAAAUUAUUCUUCAUAUGUUGCAGCUAGAAUGUUGAUUGGUGCUACUACUUCUGGAAUGUUUUUGGUAGCCUAUGUUAUAGCAAUGGAAAUGAUUGGUCCAUUCAAAAGAAUGGUUGCUGGUUUGUUGUGCCAAGUAUUUGGUACAACUGGAUACUUGUGGACUGGAUUCUUUGCUUACUUUAUAAAGGAAUGGAGAAUUCUGCAAACAACAUUUUCUGUUCCUGAAGUGCUUUUCCUAUCGUGCUGGUGGUGUGUUGAUAUGACAUGGCUGAUAAUUACAUUUGCCAUGAUUGGAAAGCUUGGGAUAACUGCAGCAUAUGGUACAUUGUACAUAUUCUCAACAGAACAGUUUCCAACUGUUAUUCGUAAUGUUGCUCUCGGUGCUAGCUCAACAUGUGCUAGAGUGGGAGGCAUACUUGCACCAUUUGUUAAUAUUUUGGCUGAAUACUGGCGGCCACUACCUUUGGUGAUAUUUGGUGCUCUAUCUUUGGCAACACAAGCUACUGCACUUUUACUUCCAGAAACAAUGAAUCAGAACUUACCAGACACUGUAGCAGAAGGAGAAAAUUUUGGAAAGCUAACCAGUGAUAAACAAGAUAUUAAUGUUGAUGUCCUUUUGGAGACCAAGGAGACUGAGAAAUGAAAGACAUGAAAAUUUGUGAAUUAUAUGCACUGAUGGACAUUGUACACGAAGCACUCAUUGAGUUAUACAAAUGUAUAACACAAAUGUGUAAAAUGGCAAAAAUAGUUAAUUUAGUGGUAUUUCAAUUGCUGAUAUUUGCACACUGUAUUUACAUUGUUCAGAUAUACCAUGCCACGAUUUUUUACAAUCAGCUUUGAAUUAUAUGUCAGCCACAAUUUUUAGUACAAGAUUUUUACAUAAUGCAUAUAAUGAUCUCUGGCACUAUUUUGUGGAAUGAG